AAAUCAAUUUUCCCUCUGGCUGUUUUAUUGGUUGCCCUGCCAGCCCUUCUACAUAUCUAGUAGAAUUGCUGGCAGGAGAGAUUUUUGGGGCUGUAUCCUGCUCUGCUUACAGAGCAGGAAAAGAGGACAGCCCUGCUGACAUUUCCCUGAUGGGGCAAUGGGGCUGAGGCAGACUGGGGAGCUGCCAGGGUUGUUUUUGGAUGGGAAAUGGGGCAGGAAGCAGUUGGGAAGCCCGAGGGAGUUUAGGUGGAGGUUUUGUUUGGUUUUGCAAGGGAAAGGCGGUGUCUGGGGCAGGAUGGGUGCAGGAGUGCAGAGCCCUGGUGAUCAGCAGAAUCCCAGCACCCUAACACCAGUGGGGGAGAUGGGCAAUGGGAGCAGGGGGAGCAGUGAAGUUGGGAAAGCAUCCCACAAACCUCUCCAUCUCUCCACAGCUAUGAAUCCCUAUGUCAACUGCUCCAGUUCUGAGUUCCCUCUGCCCCAGCAAGACUUCCCUUUGGAGCCCAUCAGCCCUGAUCUCAGCAACAGGACUCACCCAGAGACCUUUUUGGACCCUAAGGAUGCCAACCUGACAGAGGAGCAGCUGCGGGAUAAGUACCUGGGCCCUCGACGGUCCAACUUCUUUGUCCCAAUCUGUGUCAUUUACCUGCUGAUCUUCUUGGUAGGGGCCGUGGGCAACACGCUCACCUGCAUCGUCAUCCUCCGGCACCGCUUCAUGAGGACGCCCACCAACUACUACCUCUUCAGCCUGGCCGUGUCUGACCUGCUGGUGCUGCUGCUGGGGAUGCCUCUGGAGCUCUACGACAUGUGGAGCAACUACCCCUUCCUGCUGGGGGCCAGCGGCUGCUAUUUCAAGACGCUGCUCUUUGAGGCCGUCUGCUUCGCCUCCAUCCUCAACGUCACAGCCCUGAGCGUGGAGCGCUACAUCGCUGUGGUGCACCCGCUCAAAGCCAAGUACGUGGUGACCAGGAACCACGCCAAGAGGGUCAUUGUCACUAUCUGGGUCUUGUCAGUCAUCUGCUCCAUCCCCAACACCAGCCUCCAUGGGCUGCAGCCUCUCUACGUGCCAGGACGGGGGCGGGUGCCCGAUUCAGAGAUCUGCACCCUGGUGAAACCACGCUUGACUUACAAUCUCAUCAUCCAGAUCACCACCAUCCUCUUCUUCUUCCUGCCCAUGGUGACCAUCAGUGUCCUCUACCUUCUUAUUGGGCUGCAGCUCAAGAAAGAAAAAAUGCUGGAAGCCUUGGGAGCCAAGUCCGGCAGCAGCCGCAACUGCCCCAACCACCAGGGGCAGAAGAAAGUCAAGAGGAGGCAGGUCACAAAGAUGCUGUUUGUGCUGGUGGUGGUGUUUGGCAUCUGCUGGGCUCCCUUCCACACCGACCGCCUUGUCUGGAGUUUUGUAUCCACCUGGACCAGCAACAUGCUCCACAUGUUCCAGUACGUCCACAUCAUCUCAGGGGUCUUCUUCUACCUGAGCUCGGCUGCCAACCCCAUCCUCUACAACCUGAUGUCCAGCCGUUUCCGGGAGAUGUUCAGGGAGGCGAUGUGCCGGCCUGGGCGCCGCCCGCCCUGGGCGCGCCGGCACUCGCCCAGCGUCACCCGCACCGCCAGCCGCAGCACCGAGUGCGAGCCCGCGCCCAGCGCGCUGCCCCUCUCUGACGCCGAGGAGUACGAGCUGGAGGACGUGGAGGGGGGCCAGGCCACCACCCACGUAAUGUCCCUCUGCUGAAGAGUGGGAGGACAGGGAAGGACUCUGGGACCAGCUCUCCUCACUGCCGGCUUCCAUCUGACUGUGGCGCUCUCUCAUGCUGUGGUGGGGAGCGGGGCAGGAGCGAGGGGGGAUCCCUGCCUCUCUGUGCUGUCCCACCGGCAUGGAAAGGCUGGUUGUGUCAGCAGCACUGCUCCAGGGACAUGGUGGCAGUGACCUGGAUGCAUAGCAAUGCAUCCCGCUGUCCUCAGCACCAGGCCUGGCCAGGGCAUCCCUUGGGGUGUGGGGACAGCUGACUUCCAUGUCAGGGGUAUGUCAGCAAUCCCUAAAAAUAUUCCAUCCCUUCUGGCCCAGUGGGGUGCACCUGCAGAGAUGGGGGCUUAGGCAUCCCAGGCUGUUUUGGGACACAGGGAUGGAUGGGUGCCCCCAGAGGUACUUGCACCUGGGCGGAGAUCCAGGGCUGUGUGAGAGGUUUGCAUAGGAUUCUGGAAAAAUCCCAUGAGGAAAAAACUGUCUGUGGGUGCCUUCUCCCUUGAGACCUCUUCAGGGCUGUCUGGCACCAAUGUAACCCUGGUUUUCUGGCAUAUCUCUUCAGUGGUGCCAGCGGGUGCCUGGCUGCAGGGUGCUGGUACAGCUCCUUGCUCCCAGCCUUUCUCAUGCCCUGCAUUCCCAGCCCUUUAAAGGCAAGGGAAGGAGCAUGGCUACUUCCUCCAGAGCUGGAUCUGGGGGGGAAAAUACGGGACAAAGGGAUCUCCAGACUGUCUGUAGUGCCAAGGCAGAGCUCCAUAACUGUCUGUGUCACAUGAAUAUGCUCUCCCCUCUCUGACCAGCAUGUUCUAGGUGCCAAUCUCUUCUUCCUCUACCCACCGUGGUCACCUGAUCUUGUGGGGAAUGUGGGGAGCCCUCUUCCAUCCCUGCCCUGCAUGGGCUGAGCCUCACUGAGAAUUAAAAAAGCCACUGGCCUGAUUUGUGCCCUGCUUGUGUCCCCUAGCUCUGUUCCCAACAUGGGACUGAACCCAGGCCAUGCUCCUGGGGAGGGUGGUGGAUGAGCCACAUGCCAGGGCGAUGGACACCAGGGCUGUUUCACCAGAUCCCCAGGGGGGCUCUGCUGCUGUGGUGGGUCUGCAGGUCCAGGGAUAUGGAGGGCAUGGCAGGGAGGGCACAAGUGGGAUGCCUGCACCCUUCCUGGCCUCUCAGGCUGAGCUAGGGCUGGGGCCCUUGCAGAGGGACAGCUGCCUCUGGAGCCGUGGCCAUCAGUCCCUCCCCAGACACAGGGCUUGGAAAAUGUCAUGAAAAUGCCAGGGAGCGUGGGCUGCCUGGUCAUGCUCUCCCAGGCUGGAAGGACCCAUUGAUUUCCUGUCUGAGAUCAAUGCUGCUGUCCUCCCUGUGUACACCAGGUCCUGCAGGAUGAAAUAUUGAGGAUCUGAAAUGGGAGCUGAGGGACUGCCCAAGCAGUUUGAGCUCUUGUCUUGCACUAUUUACUCAACCCCAACUCCUCACAGUUGGGGAGCCUCUGGAGGCUCAGCAUCACAUGGCUGUGCUUCUGGUCAGCAUGGGCUAGUCUGGGGCUUGCUUGAGCAGAAAUACUGGAUGAGCCAGGCAGAGCACUGGCAGCUGCUGCUCUGCUUCCAGCCCCUCCUAAGCACAUUGCGUGGGACCGUAGCUGUGCCAGUGACCGAGAAGAGGCAGGGUUUGGGGCUUGCACACUCCCUCCUGCCCCAUCUACCCAUCUAGUUCAGAGGCAGUGCAGCUUCCCCUGCUCCCCAUCCCACAGCCAGGACUGCCAUGGACAAAGCCCUUCCUUGGCCCUUGUGUUGUCCUGGUGGGUGCUGCACGGUGAGAAUGGGCAUUGGGCUGCAGUAACUUUGUGUUUCAGGGUCGUGCUGACUGCUUGCAGCCUCUGUCUGGAGGAUGUCAGUGUGACCAAGGACACUGAGAUCUGUCUGUUUCAUCCUCUGUCUCUCUCCUGUUGGUGAUGGUCCUGGCAGAGCACAGCACCCUGGCAGCCAUGUGGGGCCCCUUGUGGCUGCUGCGUGGGUGGAUGUGACUGAUACCUCCUUGAUGGCCAUUAUUCCCCCGUCUCACUUCACCCAGCUGCUUCCUCAGCCACAAAUCUCCAGGGAAUGGCUUUUUAAUAGGCAGUCAAUAGUAUUUUGUAAUGCAGUGACAGAUGCCUGUGUGGAGUUUUGGGUCCCUCGUGCUGCAGGAGAGCAAACUUGUCCUGCUGGUCCUGAGCAGGCAGGCUGUGCAGGGAUACAGCUGUGGCUGCUGCAGCUCCAGUGCCUUGGUCAGUGUCAAGUGUGUCAGAGUGUUUGUUCCCAGGGCUUUUUUACAGGAUCCUUGGCUGCAGCACAGCUGGGAUGGAGUCCAGAGCAGCCAGAAAGGUGAGGCACUGGCUUUGCCUUUACCCAACUUUGUGUUCCCAGCUGCCCAGACACCUCCUGACCUUGGACUCCCCAUCCUCCUUGGUGACCCCAAAUUCAGACAGCAACUGACCUGGGACUCCCCAUCCUCCUUGGUGACCCCAAAUUCUCCUCUCUGAGACACACAAGGGGAGUAUGCAGCCCAAGCUCUAAUAUAUUGGGUGGUGGUGCCCUACCACCCACUCCACAUGAACAGCUGGGCCUGGAUUACCCUGCAAAGCAUCUCAAAAGCUUCUCAGAGAUGUAGCUGCAGCAUGGUUGGUGGCAAUUCCUGGGUGGAGAUGCAUGGGCAGACUUUGCUCCCCUGGCUGGGUUUUGAUGAUGUGGAGAUUUCCUGGGUACCACAUGCCAGCCGGGC